AUGCCUGCCCUCCAGCUUUCUGCGAUUGCUCGUCCCGACUGGGUCAGCGCUGCUGAGCAGCGUCUCUAUGCACUCCUUACGACCGGCCAGCCUGCGGCAACUGCAGUGGACAUCCUCGUGGCGGAGCUUGCUGACACCUUGCGCAUCACGGUGGAGCAGGCACGCCGGGAGGCUGAGCACCACUUGGACCUUGCCGGCAUCCUGAACCAAGGGCUCAGCCCUACUGGCACCAGCACACCCUUCAUCCGAACGGUGGGCCAGACGCCCAAGGCUGCUCUUUUGAACUGGGGCUCACCGCCGACAUCGCCCAAGACGCCUGGAGGUUCGGAGGUGAUCCAACGAACUCGCCGGAGGGCUCGGACGGAAGGCCAUUUGCAGGUGCCAAUGUCCGGAGUCAGCCCCGAGAUGAAGGUUGAGAUCAAGCCCGCUAUUUCCUCCAAGAUCACCGUGGCCGUCGUCGCACCAGGUGCCGGCACCGGCAUCAACGGCGCGAUUUACUCCGAGCUGGGCCGGAAUCCAUCGUUCAAGGUGGAGGUGGUCGGACGUUCUCGGGCGCCUUAUGACGUCUACCCGCCAUGCUGGCCCCAUGGUGCUCCUGCACCGAAUCUGCAAAGUUUCGCAGACGAGGUCCUCGAGACCGGCGUGCACAGGGAAGUUCAGACGAUGGUCUUCGGCUCCCGGGGAGGCCAAGUGGUUCUACCGCACCUCUGGCAGGCUCAGGAACAUGGGCUUUGUCCUCCGGUGCCACCCGUCGUGGUCAUCAACGGCGGUUGCGCUAUGAAGUUGCCAACUCCCGUGCGCUGGCCGGAGUCUGCAGUGAGCUUUCUGCUGAUCGGCGGCCAGGACAAUUUCAGGGGACGCCUCAGCGUGGAAGACUACGUGGCAGAGACAAGGAGCCAUGUUCCACUGGCCAACAAGACCACCGCCAUCUUGUUCGUCCAGGAAAUGACGCACAUGCCGCAGCAACCCUUGCUGCGAGGCGUCCUGCGGCUGAUGCUGAAAGCCAUCGCCUCCUGGAAGGUGGAGGGCAAGUUGCCCUUGGAGCAGUUCCGGAACAUCCUGGCCUUCCUGAGACAGGAUGGUUGGAGUGGGAGGCUGCUCUACACGACCUCAGCCGGAAGUUGGGAAGACAUCAAGUUCAGCUCGAUGGACAUCGACAAGCUGCAGGUGGAUGGCGCUGCACAUGCUCUGGAUGAGCCUGUGGCCCCCGUCGAGUUUACGGCCAAGGAUGAGGUCAAGGCCCUUUGGCGCGCCGCGGUGGUUGCGGCCACGGGCAACUGUGGCUCCGCAGUCAAGGCAAGUGGCGCCUGA